UCUCGCCUUACGCACUGUCGGGUGCUUGUUUUUCCACGUGUGAAUAAAUGCCUAUUUAGCCUUGGAAGAUCUGCCUGCACUGUAAGUGCUCCCAGGAAGAGCACAUCGUGACCGUUAUGCCUCUGGAGAUGGAGAAGACCGUCACCAAGCUCAUGUUUGACUUCCAGAGGAAUUCGACCUCCGACGAUGACUCCGGCUGUGCCUUGGAAGAGUACGCGUGGGUCCCUCCCGGCCUCAAACCCGAGCAGGUGCACCAGUACUACAGCUGCCUCCCCGAGGACAAGGUGCCCUACGUGAACAGCCCCGGCGAGAAGCUGCGCAUUAAGCAGCUCCUGCACCAGCUGCCACCGCACGACAAUGAGGUCCGCUAUUGCAAUUCCUUGGAUGAGGAGGAGAAGAGGGAGCUCAAACUCUUCAGCAAUCAAAGGAAGAGGGAAAAUUUAGGGAGAGGCAAUGUCCGGCCCUUCCCCGUAACCAUGACCGGAGCCAUCUGCGAGCAGUGCGGGGGCCAGAUCAACGGCGGGGACAUGGCCGUCUUCGCCUCACGAGCCGGGCACGGCGUCUGCUGGCACCCUCCUUGCUUCAUCUGCAGCGUCUGCAACGAGCUGCUCGUCGACCUCAUCUACUUCUACCAGGACGGGAAGAUCUACUGCGGCAGGCACCACGCCGAGUGCCUCAAGCCCCGGUGCGCGGCGUGCGACGAGAUCAUUUUUGCUGACGAGUGCACCGAGGCCGAAGGCAGGCACUGGCACAUGAAGCACUUCUGCUGUUUCGAAUGCGAGACGGUGCUGGGGGGCCAGCGGUACAUCAUGAAGGACGGCCGGCCCUACUGCUGCGGCUGCUUCGAGUCCCUCUACGCCGAGUACUGCGACACGUGCGCCCAGCACAUCGGCAUCGACCAAGGCCAGAUGACGUACGACGGGCAGCACUGGCACGCCACCGAGACCUGCUUCUGCUGCGCCCAGUGCAAGAAGUCCUUGCUGGGCCGCCCCUUCCUCCCCAAGCAAGGGCAGAUCUUCUGCUCGCGCGCGUGCAGCGUUGGCGACGACCCCAACGGCUCCGACUCGUCGGACUCAGCCUUCCAGAACGCGCGCGCCAAGGAGUCCCGCCGCAGCGCCAAGAUCGGCAAGAACAAGGGCGGCAAGGGCGAGGAGAGCGUGCUCAACGCGUGCGGCCAGCUCCAGGUGACCUCCAACCGCCUCUCCGCGGACGUGGACCCGCUCUCGCUGCAGAUGGACCUGCUGAGCCUCUCCAGCCAGACGCCCAGCCUCAACCGGGAGCACCUGUGGAGGAGCAGGGAGGAGCUCUACCACUACGGGAAUAAAAUGGAGCAGAGCCAGAGUCAAAGUCCUCUGCAGCUUCUCAGCCAAUGCAAUAUAAGGACCUCGUACAGCCCCAGCCAGGUGCCAGCCUCCCAGCCGGACUUAUGGGCUAAACAUUUCAGCAACCCCAAGAGAAGCUCCUCGCUGGCCAUGAAGGGGCACAGCAGCAGCUUCAUCCAGGAGGACUACUACUCGGGAAGGCUCCGCUCGCAGGAGAGCUACAGCGAUAUGUCCAACCAGAGCUUCCCCGAGACCAGGGGCAGCAUGAAGGUCCCCAAGUACGAAGAGGAGGAGGAGGAGGAAGGCGGGAUGCCCACACAGCAGUGUCGGACCCGGCAUCCCAUCAAUGCACUUAGCUUCACGGAGGACCUGACGCCCACGGAGCAGACCCCGCGUGGCUCCAUGGAGUCCCUGGCGCUUUCCAAUGCCACCGGGCUCUCUGCAGACGGCGGGGCCAAGCGCCAGGAGCACCUCUCCAGGUUCUCCAUGCCCGACCUGAGCAAAGACUCCGGCAUGAACGUCUCGGAGAAGCUGAGCACCAUGGGCACGCUCAACUCCUCGGUGCAGUUCCGCAGCGCCGAGUCCGUGCGCAGCCUCCUCUCCGUGCAGCAGUACGGGGCCGCGGAGCCGGCCCUGCGCGACCUGGCGAGCCCGCGGGGCUACCGCGAGCGGCCGCCGCACGGGCGCGUGCACCGCAGCUUCGACUACGGCAGCGCGGGGCCCGCGGGCGCGCUGGCCGCGCCGGAGCCCGCCCGGCACGCGCCGCUGAGCGAGCGCCCGCGCCGGCGAACGGGCGCGCGGGACGAGGAGCGCCGCGGCCGGCCGCACCGCCCGCGCCGCUCGCGCCGCUCCCGCUCCGACAACGCGCUGCACCUGGCCAGCGAGCAGUGCUGCCGCCUCAAGGAGCGGCCCUCGCUGCGCGCCCGCGACGACUACGACCCGCUCGUGCCGCCGCGGGGCUGCCGCGAGGCCCGCGAGCGCGGCGCCCACAGGGACCCCUACGGCCACUGCCCGCGGACCGUGUCGGACCUGGCGCUGCAGAACCACCUGGGCGAGCGCUGGGGGCCCUACUUCGCCGAGUACGACUGGUGCUCCACGUGCUCCUCGUCCUCCGAGUCCGACAACGAAGGCUAUUUCCUCGGCGAGCCCAUCCCGCAGCCCGCGCGGCUCCGGUACGUGACCAGCGAGGAGCUGCUGCACAAAUACGGCUCCUACAGCGUGCCCAAGUCCUCCACCUUGGGCGCCCGGGGACAGCUGCACAGCCGGAAAAGGCAAAAGAGCAAAAACUGCAUCAUAUCCUAAGGGCUCCCGCGCCGGGCGCCUCCAGAGAAUGUAAAUGAAACGCACCAACUUGCACUGUUUUAGAUCAUGUAAGCGCUUGUGUUGUGACAAAAAAAGGCCCGGAGAGUCGGGAUUUGUAAGAAGGUUGUAGACUCGCUUCUAUAAAUAGUCAUAAUCGUGGGCACGGCGAAUAUAUUUUGCACAUCUUAACUUUUGAGGAAAAAAAGGAAGUUCACUUUAGCCUCUAAUAUUCACCUAGUAGUUUUCCCUCUUUCUCCUGGUUAGUGCCACCCUUUCGAGUUUCAGUUGCCACUGUUGACUGUAACCACCAGUUCACUAGUAGCUUUUUGCUCCCCACCACGCUUUUGUUUUCCAUUGCCCGUUUUGGUAAGUAAUUUGCCUCUCUCAGACAGUGUGGGAGUCUAAGUUAUUUCCAUGGUUGUUGUAAAUGCAAUGUAAAUGAGAGUUUGGAGAAAAUAUUUUUGUAUUUUGUAAUAUCAGAGGAAUUUCUAUAUCUUAGGAAUCACUGGGAAAACGCAUGCACGUUCAUAACUGUUUUCAGCCAGAACUGAGCAAGUGGUACUUUGGAAUCUCCUUUUCAUUUCAUCAUCAGAUUUCUGAAGUAUAUCAGUGAAUUUUUGAGUUAUUUGUUUGAGGGUUUUUUUUUUUUUUAGUUUAUUUUGUUUCCUGGUAAAUGAAGAGAACAUUUUCUGAUUCAUUAAAUCUUGAAGAGGCCUCGGUGGCAUUUUGAAGUCUGCUCACACCU